AUGGAGAUGUUCUUCAACUGUAUGGGGUUUACUGCUUCAGCUCAUGUUGACCUAGUUGGCCGGAGUGGCAGUAUCUGGAUGCUCUGGAAUCCCAUUCUGGUAAAUGUGCGAGUUGUUGAGGGUAGUUCACAACAAAUCACAACUACUAUUUCUAGACAAGACUAUCAAGACUGGUUACUUUCAGCUGUCUAUGCAAGCCCCAAUGCCAGGAAGAGAGAUGAGCUUUGGGAUCACCUUGAGGCCAUUGCUCAAUCUAUGAAGGAGCCUUGGCUAGUAGCUAGUGAUUUUAAUGAUUUCACCUCUGCUAGUGAAAAAAGAGGCCUAUACCAAUCCAACAGUCAGAGUAUAAGCCAAGAUCAGAGAAGAAGUAGGAAAUUUAAUGAAAGACUUAACAACUGCAAUCUCAUGGACUUGGAAUGUAUUGGUCCACGACUGACUUGGAGUAACAACAGAAAAGGCUGGGCCAACACAAUGGUUAGACUGGAUAGAGCAAUGUGUAAUACUGAAUGGAGAACCACUUUUCCUGAUGGAUCUGUUUGGAACCUUCCUCGUACAUACUCAGACCACUCUCCCAUGAUGGUAUUCACUCAAGCCCCCUCUCUGAGUAAAAAACUUGAAACUCUAGCCCAUGAUGCUACUAUUUGGAAUAAAAAGGUCUUUGGUAACAUUUUCAGAAGGAAGAGAUGGUUGUUGGGGAGAAUUGAAGGGAUUCAACAAUCCCAAGCUCAUAAUUACUCUUAUAAUCUCCACAAUCUUGAAAUUGAUCUUGUGGAUCAAUAUAACAAAAUUCUUUAUCCAGAGGAGCUACUAUGGUUCCAAAAAUCUAGAGCCAAAUGGAUUACUCAAGGUGAGAGAAACACUAGGUUUUUUCCCCUUACUACUCUGGCCAAACGUAAGAGAAGGAAGAUUGAUAUGCUUAAGAAUGACAAUAGAGAUUGGGUGGACCAACCUGAUCAACUUAAAGACUUGAUUCUUAAUUACUUUACGAAUCUCUUUAACCAGACCCCCAACUGCUCUUUGGAGCACUGGAACAAUCUGGUGGCUUGCAAGCUAACUCUUGAGGAUAAUACUAAACGUACUAAAGCUAUCACUGAUGAUGAGGUGUAG